AGGGAAAACCCCAGUUCACUCACCCACCUACUUCCUAAUUUGAGUGAAUGAGAGAGGGAGACUCUGAAUUCAGUUCAGAUCAUAGAGUCAGCGAGCAGCACAGCGCAGAGGUUAUCAUCAUGACUGCAGCGCGUGAUCAAUAGCCUAAUAGUAAUAAUGCACAUGACAAAUUGUCAUUGCCCUAAAAUGACAUUCUUCUAAUUGCAUGUGAAAUUAAUAAGGAUGUUUAUUCAGUUCUAUUUUUUCUAAACUAACCAUUUAAUAGAAAACUUUGUGCAUACGCGGAGGCUAUGAAUUUAAAUGUUUCAGUGAGCUGUGCUAAAACCUAUUGAGCAAAGCGCGUAAGUAUGUUGUUUAAUCUAGACAGCAAGAGGUGAUAGUCAUCUUGGGACAAGGUCAAGAUAGUCAUAUUGACACAAUGUUAAUAAAAGGAUUCGUCUAGGACCCAUAUAUCGCCUACCUGAGGACGAGGACAAUGACAAUGAGCGGCAGUAAUCACACUGUGCCACUGGAUCUUACCAACAAAACCAGAGAGCGUGGGAGCUGCGCGCAACCGGGAGACCAAGGUCGCCCUAAACAUACUCCAGAAAGACAGGUGAAACCGAAGCAAAGGUUCAGCACUGGACUCGGGAUUCUUCCCCCUGAAUCACGGGACAGUUGUGAUGGAUCAGUUUCGCAGACGACUCAAACAGAUUAUGGGGAUGUCAGGGCAAGCAGGACGCGCGAGGGUCCCACACAAACCCGACCUAUAACCCCGAAGUGCAACAGUCAGACGGACGCUGCAGGGAAACCGACAGAUUCCUCAUUUUCCACGCGUCCGAUAAAGAAACGUCCUUUCCCUCCGGAUGUGGAUCAUGAUACCAGUGGUCCAAGAAAUAUUCCACAUAGCCCGGGUGCAAAAGAGUUGAAGGACUCUGCCGUGGGUCAAAUACACAAAGAUGCACCGCUGAGAUUCUCUGACUCGCAGUUCGUAACACCAUAUCUUAUAGCAGGCUAUCCAUUUUUCCAGUUGUCUCGGCAUUACAGUCAACAGGAAUGCAUUGCUUUUCCGGUUCCCAAUCUUUCACCUCCUCCGCCACUGGAAAGCACAGAUCGUCUGCUGGCAGAUAUUGCUGCGGCCACAUGUCAGGAUGAAGAUGGUGACACACCUCUUCACAUUGCUGUGGUCAAGGAGAACAUCCAACUGGUCAGAUGGCUUAUUGAAAUAUUUCGACGGGCCCACAAAGACCUGGACAUUUUCAAUAACCUACGGCAGACACCAUUGCACUUGGCUGUAAUCACCCAUCAACCUAUUCUGGUGAAAGCUUUCCUGGAUGCAGGAUCUGACCCCGGAGCUCUGGACCGUAAUGGACAGACAGCGCUGCACUUGUGCUGUGAGCACAAAGAUGUAAACUGCCUCUCUGUCAUCCUCAGACACUACCCCCAAAACCCUUUGCCCCACUUGGAGAUCAGGAACUAUGAGGGUCUGACACCCCUCCACCUGGCUGUGCAGAAAGGAGAUAAAGCAUUGACAAGACUCGCAUUGGAGAGCGGAGCUGAAAUCAACGCUGGGGAUAAUAAAAGCGGUCGCAGUGCACUGAUUCAUGCUGUAGAAAACAACUCUAUUGACAUGGUCACCUUUCUGAUCGAGAGUGGGUGUGAUGUGAACGCACAGUCUUAUAGUGGGAAUACAGCCUUACACAGCGCUUGUGGCAGAGGUCAGAUAGAGAUUGUCAGGGUCUUGCUGAAGAAUGGAGCUGACAGUAGUCUUAAAAACAACCACAAUGACACUGCCAUCAUGGUAGCAAAAAACAAAAAGGUGUCUGAUGUGCUGCGUGGGAGGGGCACUCGCACCUGCAAUGGGAAAACGUUACCUGGCAGUAAUGGCUCUCUGUCCCCUGGCAGCUCCAACCAUUCUCCCCAGAUGACUCCCACUUUUCAGCGCAGUACAUCGCAUUCUCCUGUGACUCCAAAUUUACCACGAAGUCGGUCAGCAGAGAACAUUUCAGAACGUCAAUCACCGAUGAACAGCAAUGAAAAAACCUUUCUGCAAAUGUUGCCUCGGACACACCAUAAUAUGGCAGUAGACAACAGGGCAGGGUACGGAAUGGCACUCCAUCCUUUCCCAUAUGUGUCACCGUCUGUGUACGACCAAAUUAAGCCACCUGUCUCUCACAUCCAGAGAAGGACUCUAAUCUCUUCCCCUCUUUACUAUUCCCCUGGUAUUCAAAGACCUCCAUAUUAUUCGGAUACACAGAUAAUCUUACUCCCCAGUAUCCCUGUGCCAAUCUCAUAUGGCUCUCCCUCACAGGGUGCUGGUAACCAAUCACGGCCAUCCAGUCGGAGCAGUGACCAAUCAGACAUGUCUACUGUGAGUGUAAACAGUGAAGAAAGAGGUGUGAGUUGAUAGCUGCUAGAUAUUUAAACAGCUGUCCCUCUUAAAGGGAUAGUUCACCCAAAAAUUAAAAUACUGUUUGAACAUACUGUAUGUAGUAACUAACUGGCUUUGGUGACCAUAGAUUGAGUAAAUGAUGAUUUUUGGGUGAACUGAUUCCUUUAUAAGUGGUGUUUGAAUAUUAUUUGCGGUUGACCACAUACUGACUGAUUUAUAGCAUGCAUAUAUAUAUAUCUAAACAUUUUGUUAAAUCUUUUCAAAUUUUGAUAAGUUUAUGCUGAUGUUAUGAAGUUUUGCUAAAUCAAGAACAUUACUGUAUAUUUGUGUUACCAAGUGUUUUGCUAUGUAAUUGAAAUGAUUAUGCUGGAUUUUGUCAUGUAUUUUAAAGAGCUAUGAUAUUUAUACUUCUAUAGUAAGAAACAGAUAUUUUCUUUUUUUUCCCGGUUUCAUUUGUGUUUUUUACUGUGGAGUCUGUAUAUUUAUUGACAGCAUUUUGGUUUUCCCAUGUAGUCCCAUGUUCAGAUUUUCCAGAAUUAAGUUACCCAAAUUCGUAUGACAGAAAAUCUCGUUUACAAAAAAUGUAACUGUCAAAAAUUGUAUUUCACACAGUUAGGCCCUCAAACAUGUAUCAUUAGGGUACACACAUGACAGCCAAUUUCAACCAAGUACAAUACAUCAGAGGUCAAUUUUAUCUACAAUGAACGUUGUCAACUAUUGUUAAAGAAAGCAUUUUGAAAUUGAGAUUUUUUUUUUUUUUUUUUUUUUGCAGUUAUAUUAUUUAUGUGCCUGUUGAUUAUACCAAAAUUGUUACUUGUGCCAAUUAUAUUUCAGUGCAAAUCUUUGAACGGUAGCUUGAAAUCUCUGUCAGAAGAAGUGACAAAUUAUGAGUUUUGACUCACUGUCUUAAAAUGUAUAAUCUUGUAGGAAGCCAGUGUGGGAAAAAAAAAAAACUGUGGGUAACAGGAGAGUUAAAACCAUUUCCGGAAUCUUUAGAAACUGUGAUUAACAUGAUACAGCAUGGGCUUUGAUAUGAAUUUCAAAAGAGGUACUUAAUGGUGAUAUUGCUGGCAGUAAUGUAUACAUUUUGAUUUUAUUAUGAAUGUGUGAAUAUAAGUGCAGCAAUAUAAAAUAACCUAGUUUACUUUGAAUAAAAAAUACAUAUUUUUAUACAUA